CCGAGGGCUUGAAUCUCUGCUUUGCGGUGCAGAGACGGUGCCGGGGGGGGACGGGUGCACGUGAGAACCCAGGGUCCCAUGGCGCCAACUCUCCUGCCUGUGCUGGCCUUUCUCCAGUUCCUUCCCCGGCCGGCGGCCACUGCAGAUGGCACUUCCCCGAUGCUGUCAGUGAACCCAACACAGUCCACAUACCGUGUAGGCCACCCCGUCACCUUCACAUGCACCCCACCCAAGGGGUACCAGGCUACACAAAUCCAGUUUCUAAAGGAUGGUGAAGACGUGACCCCUCCACAGAGCCAGACUCCACUUCGCCUGACCUACCAUCUGCCUCACCUCAAUGUGCACGACUCCGGGUCCUACCGCUGUCGGUACUGGCCAGCUGGGCUGAAGGCGCCGUCCACACCGAGUGACCCCAUCACCCUAAUUGUCUAUGACCGAGCACCUCCCGCCUCGCUCACCGUGGACCCGCCUUGCCCACAAUACCUGGUGGGGGAACAGCUGACGCUCACCUGUGUGGAUCCCCAAAUUGACAAUGUGACGGGAUACAGAUUCUACAAUGAAGAAAAUGGGGAGAUUUUUUCCCGGGACCCUGACGCCAGCAGGGGAGCCCAAGUUUUCUUUCCUUCACUUCGCACGGUGGACGCGGGCUCAUACACAUGCAAAUACUGGCAAGAAGAGUCCGGGCAAGAGAUCCUGUCGGUGGGAAGCCAACCGGUCUCUGUUUCCGUGCUGGAUUCACCUUUCCCGCCAGCGCUGAGCGUGGAUCCCCCGUCUGGCGUGAUUAAGGAAGGGCUGCCCCUGCUCCUCACCUGCACGGCACCCCAGGGCACCGGCGAGCGGAGGUUCUACUUCUACAAGGAUGGCGUCGAGUUUCUCCCUCGGAACGGGCAGUCUCAGAUCCACCCUUCGGGGUCUAGGAACAUCUCGGUGCUCCGUAUCCCCCGGGCCCAGCUCAGCAGCACCGGGGCGUUCACCUGCGGGUACGAGGAGAACGUGUGCCAGAAAUGGGGUCCGUCCCCCAGGAGCCAGGCCGUGUACGUCACCGUGACAGGGAAUCAUGCUUUCCUGGUUCGGUUCCUGGCCGUGGGCGGCUCCUUCUUCCUCAUCAACGGCCUCAUCUUCCUCGUCUCCCACCGCUGUUUGUAGCACACAGGGCCUGCAGGAUGUUACCAGGCACUGCCCGGUGGGGG